AACAGAUUGAGAACAGAUUAUAAAAAAUGAAUUUUAUAAGAAGUACUGACAGAUUAGUGUUGAUGGUGCUUAUCAUUGGGCCAGCGUUUGCUCAGAGUCCCGUUGGCGAUGUCGUUGGUAAAUUGGUUGUCGGUUAUCAAGGUUGGUUUGCCACGCCAUUCGAUGGAUCUCCGAGAAGAAGCUGGGUCCAUUGGACGAUUAGAAGCGGCCCAAAUGGUUCUACUCCGCCUAGUACGGGAAACUGUAAAUUUGAGCUGUACCCCGAUGUACGCGAGUAUUUGCAAUUGUAUCAAACGGGUUUAGCGGCGUUGGGCAACGGACAACCAGCUAAUUUGUUCAGUUCUUGGAAUCAAUUGACAGUGAACACACAUUUCAGUUGGAUGCAAACUUACAACAUCGAUACAGCUGCACUUCAGCGUUUCGGCAGUGACCUCGUUUUUCCGUUGGCAGCUCAACAAAUGAAUGGAGUUGCUUUUAAUGUGCAAAGAGCUGCCGAAACAUAUGGCCGAAAAUUCUUCGUCAUGUAUGAUUUAUCAGGUUGGACCAACUUUACAACACAACUGAUGCCAGAUUUCAACAGCACAGUCAUAAACCUAAUGCAAUCUCCAGCGUAUGCUCGUCAAAAUGGAAAACCGGUUAUCUGUAUAUGGGGUAUUGGAUUUGGUGAACCAGGUGGCAAUAGACCAAACAAUCCAACUGGCACCCAGAAUAUUAUCAAUCAAUUGAAAACCAAUUAUUAUGUCAUGUGCGGUGUUCCUCACACUUGGAGAACAAAUGAUGGUAUAUCCUUACCAGCGUAUGCAUCCGUUUAUAGAUCUUGUAAUAUGAUUCAACCAUGGACGGUUGGAACAUAUGGGACAAUUGAGACUGCCAAACUGUAUGCAACUAGAGAAGGAGCCGAUUUACAAGAAUGUAGAAAUCUUGGAAUCGAUUAUCAACCAGUAGUUUUUCCAGGCUUUGCAUGGUCCAAUUGGAAUGGUGGCCCACGCAACGUUAUUCCACGCAAUAAUGGAACAUUUAUGUGGCAACAAUUCAAGAAUAUACGCAGUUUACAAUGUCCGAAUGUUUAUGUUGCCAUGUUUGAUGAGUAUGAUGAAGGUACUGCUAUAGCUAAAGCUGCUGAAACGAAACAAAUGGCGCCGAGGGACCAAUACUUUUUAACUUUGGAUGAGGAUCGUGGACGUCUUUCAUCUGACUUUUAUCUAAGACUUGUUCGAGAUGGUAUGGCAUUGAUAAGAGGACAGUUCCCAUUGACAGAUGCAUCUAUACCUCCUACAUCACAACAGGCCACAACCAGUGGGCAGCUUACAACUACCUCUUCACAAUUUAUGAGCGCUUUUGCUAGAAUGAUGCCACCAAAUGCAGUCUCCAUGCUUCAAAGUGUGUUUGCAAUCGUUGGACUUGCAUAA